AACGAAUCUCGAAUUUUGUCACUCUUUCUUUGAACCCUAACAAUGGCCUUAAACCCUUACCUCACUUUUCACUCACUCCUCCCUCUGUUCACACACACCAAGACGAUUCGUUACCCUGCGUCUAUCUCAAAUAUCAAUUUCAUUCGCAAGCAUCGAAUUCUAUCUGCAGUUUCUAAAGAUUCGGAUGUAAGCUUUGAAGAUGAUAGAAAACCCAGAAAAAACCCCAAACCUAGAAGAAAACCAGCGACUGCAAACACCGAAAAUCCAAAAAACGAAGAAGAAAAACCCUUCCCCACAACGAUUCCUAGAAAACCCAGACGCGGUAGGCGAAGCGAAGCGGCUGCCGUGGAAGAUUUCAUGCGGAGUUCAUUAGAGGAAACGUUUGCAGCGAUUCGCGAGCAGAAUUCGGAGGUUCUGGAAGGUAAAGAGAAUGUAAUUCGGGAAAGGAUUACUGAUGAAGAAGACGACGACGAUGAUGAUAAUGGUGAUAAGAAGGAGAAGGAAAAGAAGAAGAAGGGAAUGGUGGUGGAGGAAGAGGAUCCAAAUUGGCCACUGGAUGCUGAAGUGGGGUGGGGAAUUAGGGCAUCGGAGUAUUUCGAAAAGCAUCCGAUCAAGAAUGUGAUCGGAGAAGAUGGGGUUGAGAUUGAUUGGGAAGGUGAAUUGGAUGAUAAUAUAGUAGUUAAGGAGAUCAAUUGUUUGGAAUGGGAGAGUUUUGCUUUCCAUCCUAGUCCCUUAAUCGUACUUGUCUUCGAAAGAUAUAAUCGGGCAAGUGAAAAUUGGAGGGCCUUAAAGGAGUUAGAGAAGGCUGCUAAGGUGUACUGGAACGCAAAAGAUCGCCUUCCACCUAGGACAGUGAAGCUUGAUAUGAACAUUGAGACGGAUCUUGCGUAUGCACUCAAGAUUCGGGAAUGCCCACAAUUAUUGUUUUUACGUGGAAACAGAAUUAUUUACAGGGAACCACAGAUUCGAACAGCGGAUGAGUUGGUGCAGAUGAUAGCACAUUUUUACUACAAAGCGAGAAGACCUUCAUGGAUGAAAGAUGCAAAAUUGUACUGAUGAUCAUAAGUUUCAAUCUAAUUAUUUAUUCAUGGUUUCAAUUCAAAGUGAAAAUCAAAUUAUUUUGAAAUAUAAAGUAUCAUCUAUAUAAUCAAUUAAUUAGUAUUUAAA